AGGACGCACGAUCACCCCGCCCGCAGGUUAUUGGAGACAGAGCGAGUGGACCGCGUGUUUUGUUAGAAAACAAGCGCCGACGCAGCAAGCUAGCUUUCUAUGUCGUUAGCAGGUAAAUAAGUGUAAAUAAAUCUUAACUUCGGUUUGGUAUGGCGGAGGGUAGCGGUAACGUUAACGUCCCUCCGGCCAACCUGCCUCCGGGAGACCCGCAGCUGAUCGGUAUGAUUGUGGAGCACCUGAAGAACCGGGGGCUUUUUGACGAGUUCCGUCGGGACUGUCUCGCCGACGUUGAUACGAAGCCUGCCUAUCAGAACCUGCGACAGAAAGUUGACAACUACGUCACGUCGCACCUGAGCACACAAGACUGGAACCCGUCUAUCAACAAGAACCAGAUGAGAAACGGACUGAGACAAAGUGUUGUUCAAUCAGGUAUGUUGGAGUCUGGUGUAGACCGGAUCAUCACUCAGGUUGUGGACCCCAAGAUGAACCACACUUUCCGGCCGCACAUAGAAACUGCCAUCCAUGACUUCUUGUCAGGAGACAGGAAGGAGGAGAACGCCUCGUGUCCUAACUCUGCACCAUCUGAACAGACAGAACAACAGGAGGCCCCGUCUGCAUCGGGCCCCAAAACCCCCUGUUUUCGAUUAGUCCCAAACAUGCAGCCGAACUUGUCCGCUGUGUUCUUUGUGUUUCUUCUGCUCCCGGCCUGUAAGCAGGUGCUGACCAUGGAUCUGCAUGAUAUCCAUGAGAAACAGGCGAGCCAAGCCAAAAGGAGCCUCUCUUUGCGGAGCACAGCAGAGAUUCAGAGUUGCCUGGUGAAUUCAGGGGAUGUCGGCUGUGGGACAUUUCAGUGUUUCAACAAUAACUCCUGUGAAAUCCAAGGGCUGCACCACAUCUGUCUCACUCUGCUGCACAAUGCCGGGCGCUUCGACUCACAGGGCAAGUCUUUUGUGAAGGAUGCAUUGCGGUGCAUGGCACUGGGACUGCGGCAGCGCUUCAGCUGUGUGAGCCGCAGGUGCUCAGCGGUAAAGGAGAUGGUGUUCUCGCUACAGAGAGAGUGCUACUCCAAACACCAGCUCUGCCUGGCGCUACGAGACCACAUUGAUACCAUGGGCAGCCUGGUCCAGUUCCACCUGAUGUUUCCCUCAGGACCGUACGUGGAGCUGAUGAACUUCCUGUUGAAGUGUGGAGACGAGGUCAGGUUGUGGGUCAGUCGGCGGCUGCGCAGGCAGUGCGAGCAACACUGGGGGCCGCUGUGCAGCAGCUUCGGUAGCACCUGCACUCUCAGCCUAACGGACCUUCCACAGCAAUCCACAGCCACACCACCCACCGUGCCCUGGCCUGUGUCCGUUCAAGAAACCCUGCAGCAGCCAACAACAGCAGCCGAACCAGAGAACAGGAGCAGGCUCAGUCAGAUUGACAACACGACUGAAUCUGGUCUGUCCGAGAAAUCCAAUGUUACAGCUUCAUAGAAAGACCGGCCAGUUACACAGGGGUGCAGACAGGGUACACAAAGAUACAAAGAUCAUGCACUUAUUACUGUUGUAUUAGGAGUAGAAUUAAUUGUAUUGCUGGUGAAAGCAAUGCAACAUAACCUGUUUAAUCUGUUGGGUAUUUGUGUUGUAUUAAUAUUUUUCUUUACAUUUGACUUUGUACAAGGAUGAAAACCAAUUAUCUACCUCACUUCAGCAUCACUGUAAACCACAGUGGCUGUAUCCUUCAGCAAAGGGCAUGGACACACACAAGUAAACACUACAGGGAAUAGCUCAAGUGAAGCUGAUGGCUCAGAGUCAAUAUACUACCUAUUUAAAUCUGUUUUUGUAUUUAUGAGGAUUGUGAUAUUAUGCACCAUAUAGCUGACACGCUAUCAAAUGUUAUCUUGUAGACAGUCAGGGAGCAGUCUGCAGGGAGGGAAGCACUCUUUGGUUGUGACGUGUUAUAAAUGUGUAUUUCAGAUGUUCUACUUGAACGAUUCAAGUUCAUACAGAC